AUGGCCGAUUCUGUCAAGCUAGUUGUUUGCAUUGCAUCUACUGCACUCUUCGAUUGUAGUGAAUCGCAUCAGAUAUGGUUGAAGGAAGGUGUAGAAUCGUACAAGAAAUAUCAGCAUAGCCAUGUGACUGUUCCUUUAAAACCUGGCGUUGGAUUUCGAUUGGUUCAAUCCUUAUUAAGUUUAAAUCAUAGUGCUGGUAAAAACUUCGUCGAUGUCAUUCUCGUAUCACGCAACGAUAGUGAAGCAGGAAAACGAGUGCGAAAUUCGAUCAAUCAUUACAAUCUCGAUAUCAGUCGUAUGUCAUUCACAAAUGGUACCGACGUAACGAAGUAUUUACAAGCGUGGGAAUGUGAUCUUUUUCUCACCACCGAAGAAGCACAGGUUCGUAUCGUGCUUUCAGCAAAUGCUACAAUUACAUCGAAGAAAAUAGCAGCUGGCUUAGUGUGUGACAUCGCCGCUGAAGCAACGCAUGGGUCUCUAAAUGAACCGCCAUCGCCUAUUAUCGACAGUAGUCUUUUGGCUGCCAUCGCUUCAGUGUGGCCAAAAGAUCAAGUGCGUAUUGCGUUUGAUGGCGAUGGUGUACUCUUCUCCGACGAAGCAGAACGUGUCUUUCAGACAUCUGGUUUGGAUGCGUUCCGAAAGUACGAACAUGAAAAGUUGGAUAUUGCCUUAUCCGAAGGUCCAAUGCAUUCAUUCGCGAUUAAAUUACAAAAACUACGUAAUGCACUAGCUGCCGAAGAACAAUGGCGUGUACGUACUUUUCUUGUGACUGCUCGUAAUGGUGUUGGUAAUGAACGAGUACUGAGAACCUUAGAGCGAUGGGGUCUUCAAAUUGAUGAAACACAUUUCCUAGGUGGACUCAAUAAAACGCCGUUUCUAAUUGCCAUCGAUCCGGCGAUCUUCUUCGACGAUUCAAGUGAACAUAUUGAACGAGCGAAAAAAUAUGUUCCAGCGGCACAUAUUGUCUAUGGUGUUCGAAACGUAAAACCUGACGAAGUCGUUACAUCAUCUUCCACAACAAUCCCUGUGCCAGAGGAAACACUAGCAAACACAAACACUUAA